CAUCGCGACCUAUUUGGGUAAUCAGGUUCAUUUCUAUCCUAUAAUCGGAACACCACGAAAUAUUUGGGUAAUCAGGUGCACUUUUACCGUACAAAGGUCACCCGGAAGUGAGCGCACGCUGCCAAGUCGUCGAUUCUGCUGCAAUCGAGAAUAUUUUAAGUAAAUUAAGAUAAAUCAAGAUCUAUAGGAAACCAUGGGAGACCAGCAGCAAUUGGAAGAGCUGUUGCCAUUCCUUUCACCGUCUUCACGCCCCGAUGUCCGAGCCACAGCAGUACAGUACCUCUUGGGCGUCACCGCAUCCAAAAACAGUGCCGAAUUCUUCCUCAAGAACAAAGUCUUCAUCGAAAAGAUCCUAUCCUUAACAGAAGACACUCAAGAAAGCAUUGCAAAAGACUCUUACCUGUGUCUUAUCAAUCUUACCGGUGACGGAAGGUUUUGUAAAGUAUUGUUGGAAGAUUACGAUCCUGUUCCAAAGUUUGUUCAAACAGUGGUUGACCCAGAAAGCGAGUUUUCAGACAGCGCAUGUAUGAUUCUGUCUAACGUUACAAGAGAGGAAUCAGGAGCAGAAAGAGUGUUGGACAGUCUGGUGAAGGGAGACGUGGGAUUGGCUAAAGUCGUGGAGGUUUUCUGUCAGGAAGGCUACAACAAGAAGGAGAAACAACUGCACUACAUCGGACCCAUGUUGUCUAACCUUACACAGCUGAGUGAGGCCCGACAGUUUGUCCUGGACCAUGACCGAUGUGUGAUCCAGAGACUCCUGCCCUUCACACAGUACCAGGGUUCAGUCAUCAGGAGAGGGGGUAUUGUGGGAGCUCUGAAGAACUGCUGCUUCGAGACAGUGCAUCAUGAGUGGCUGCUGAGUGAUGACGUGGACAUCCUGCCCUUCCUGAUGCUCCCCCUAGCAGGUCCCGAGGAAUUUGCAGAGGAUGAGAUGGAGAAGCUUCCUGAUGAACUGCAGUACCUCGGGGAGGACAAGCAGAGGGAGGAAGAGCCAAACAUCAGGCAGAUGUUACUGGAGACUUUACUACAGCUGUGUGCUACUAAACAUGGCAGAAAGACGCUGCGUGACAAACAUGUGUACUAUAUCCUCCGGGAACUGGACAAUUGGGAGACACAACCUGCACUCAAGGAGGCAGCACAGAAUGUUAUACACGUUUUGAUCUCUGAUGAACCUGAAGAUGUGGACAACCUGAAUGAGGUGCAGAUUCCAGUGGGGGUACAGAAGCAGCUGGAACAGCCACAGGGGGAGGAGCAGCAGUAGAGGGAACAACCUCUCUGUCCUUGGAAAGGAAACAAUAAUGAGAAACGUGACGAUUUCAGACAGACUAAUUAUUUGUCUGAAUCAUGGAUGACUGCUCAGCUAUGAAAAUCAUUUUUGAACAGACUAUUUAAAUACUGAAAUGUGAUUGGUUUAACAGUUAGCGGCCCUUCUGCGUACAAAAAAUUAUAUCUUUAUUGAUAUCUAUAUCCAACCAAGGACACUGAUAUUUCACAUCAUAAUAUUGUACUAAGGCAAUGAAAAAUUACACGUAUCAGCAAUUCUUGAUAUCAUUAUAACAAUGAUAAUUUGCUUAUAUAGUAAUAAAUCCUUAGUAUGAUCACAACAUGGUUCUUGACAUAAAUGACAUUUGCUUCAAAGUUUGUGUUGCGUAUCAAAUGUUAU